CCCCAUCUUCCGGCGGCCGCCGGAGUUUGUGGUGAUUGUUGCUGCCACCGCCCCGGCUGCCAUCUCCUCCUCCUGGGCCGCUGCCGCCGCCGCCGCCUCCUCCUCCUCUUCCUCCUCCUCCUGGGCCGGGCUGAUCCCCUCCCCGCUGCCGCCUCCUCCUGGGCUGGGCCCGCGGUGUCUCGUCCCCUCGCGGAGCCGCUCCUGCCGCCGCUGCCGCCGCCGCCUCCUCAUUCAUCCUCGUGCACCAUAGGCGGCACAGGCACCAAGAUGUCCAACCGAGUGGUCUGCCGGGAAGCCAGUCACGCCGGGAGCUGGUACACAGCCUCAGGACCGCAGCUGAAUGCCCAGCUAGAAGGUUGGCUUUCACAAGUACAGUCUACAAAAAGACCUGCUAGAGCCAUUAUUGCACCCCAUGCAGGAUAUACGUACUGUGGGUCUUGUGCUGCCCAUGCUUACAAACAAGUGGAUCCAUCUAUAACCCGGAGAAUUUUCAUCCUUGGACCUUCUCAUCACGUGCCCCUCUCUCGAUGUGCACUUUCCAGUGUGGAUAUAUAUAGGACACCUCUGUAUGACCUUCGUAUUGACCAAAAGAUUUACGGAGAACUGUGGAAGACAGGAAUGUUUGAACGCAUGUCUCUGCAAACAGAUGAAGAUGAACACAGUAUUGAAAUGCACUUGCCUUAUACAGCUAAAGCCAUGGAAAGCCAUAAGGAUGAGUUUACCAUUAUUCCUGUACUGGUUGGAGCUCUGAGUGAGUCAAAAGAACAGGAAUUCGGAAAACUCUUCAGUAAAUAUCUAGCGGAUCCUAGUAAUCUCUUUGUGGUUUCUUCUGAUUUCUGCCAUUGGGGUCAGAGGUUCCGUUACAGUUACUAUGAUGAAUCCCAGGGGGAGAUUUAUAGAUCCAUUGAACAUCUAGAUAAAAUGGGUAUGAGUAUUAUAGAGCAAUUAGACCCUGUAUCUUUUAGCAAUUACUUGAAGAAGUACCAUAAUACUAUAUGUGGAAGACAUCCUAUAGGGGUGUUACUAAAUGCUAUCACAGAGCUCCAGAAGAAUGGAAUGAAUAUGAGCUUUUCCUUUUUGAAUUAUGCCCAGUCAAGCCAGUGCAGAAACUGGCAAGACAGUUCAGUGAGUUAUGCAGCUGGAGCCCUCACGGUCCACUGACGCUCUGAACCCUCAGGGAUGCUACCUGCACACACUCAUAAUCUGUCCGCGGUCCCAGCCUAGCCUUUACCAAGAUACUGGUCCUGGUUUGGGGGGAUUCUGAAACCUCAGACUAAUAGAACUUUCUUCUCUUCUUUUCUAGUAGGUGUAGUCCUUAUUAAUUUCAACUCAUUAAAAAAAAAUGCUUUAUAGUUUAGGGUGGUUGAAGGAAGGCUGGCAUCAAAAUAUUUUGAUGAAAAAAGAUGAGAAUGGAAAGGCCCAGUUGUGGCAGAGUUUUUGAAAGUAACUUGUGAAGCAUUUACCAUAUCCUAAAUUUGCACUCUUUGCAGACUUGUGCACAUAUAUUCCGCUUUCAGAAUAGUUUUGCAAAUUGUACACAAACAAAAAAAAAAGGGUGGAAGCUUUUUAAUAAAGAAAUUGCAUUUAUAAA